AUGGAUGAGGCUUUCAGCAUCGAAGAGCUCCGUGCUCCCUUUCAAGAUGUUGUCUCCUUUGCCUUCGAGACGGAGAAGAUAUACGACAACGAGCAGCCGCUAUAUAUAAAUGCGGAUGAUCCCCAUCAGUUCCUCAGCUACAACCUAACACGGCGGUAUGUGCGGCAGAUGGUGGCAGGAUUAAAGGCUAUUGGGCUCCGAGACGGCGACACGAUUCUCGUACACCUGUUCAACAACUACAAAUACGCACCUUUGUUUUUGGCUAUUGUUGGAGCCGGAGGAGUAUUCUGUGCAACCAACCCCAGUUUGAGGAGCGAAAUGACAAAUAUCGUCCACCUCGCGCAGCCUCGAUUCAUCAUAACCACGUCGGAUUUGUUGGCGAGCCUGCAGAACUGGAUACCAAAUAUCGAACUCGACCGCAUCAUCCUUUUCGAUUCGCAGCAACCGGGAGAAUUGCGUGGCAGAGCUACAAGGGCCGAGAUAGGUUCAUUGAAGCCGAUCUGCUCGCUGCUGUGCCACGGCGAAAGAGAUUGGAAGAGGAUACGAGACGAGGAGCAGGCGAAGAAGACACCAGCAUCGUACUUCUUAACGUCCGGCACAACUGGCUGUCCGAAGCUGGCCCUGUUAUCGCACUAUUCUAUGGUUGCGCAUUUCAGCCAGAUACACCAAGAAGUGCCUUACGAUGUCGUGAGGCUGGCUUGCCUGCCGCUGUUCCAUAUAUUUGGCAGUGCUUGGGCUCUAGCCUUGACCAUUCGCCAUGGCGAGCCCUUGUAUGUCAUGCCCAAGUUUGACAUGGGAAAAUACUUGGAAUAUGUCAGCGAAUACAACAUCACGGAAAGUUUCUUGGCACCCCCAGUUGUAGCACGCAUCAAACAGCUCGACUCAUCCUUGACGCGCAGCCGCCUAGCUUCCCUGCGAUUUGUAGGCGUGGGUGGUGCACCUAUCACCGCCGGACACAUGCACGAGUUUAAAUCAAUGUUACAUGACGAUGCCACCCUGAGUGGUGUAUACGGUGCGACAGAGCUAGGAACAGCCUGCAUGUUCCGAUAUGGGGAGAACGACGAGUCCGGUGCCGUGGGCCGCCCCCUUCCCGGCGUAAAGGUGGACAUACGCCGUGUUGUACCGGACGACGGGUGUCCUAGGACACUUGUCGAGCGUCCCAUUGCCGAGGGAGAGGUCGUCGUCUCAGCGGCAUCGCACAUGAUGGGUUACAAAAACAGUGCGGAAAGCCCUCAUACCGACGUAGAGUGGUAUCGUACGGGUGAUUUAGGCUACAUGAGAGAUGGGAAGCUUUAUAUAUCCGGGAGAGCUAAGGAGAUUAUGAAGGUGAAUGGGUUCCAAGUGUCGCCAACCGAGAUAGAAGCGACCCUCCUCCGGCAUCCGGAUAUCAGCGACUGUGCUGUAACCAAGGUCGUGCGCGACAGAGCAGAGAUGCCGCGGGCGUACGUGGUGCGACGUAUGCGGACUGUUUCGGCAGCCGAGGUCAUUGAGUUCUCGCGGAGGCAGCUGGUGAGCUACAAGGCCUUGACUGGUGGGGUCGUUUUCAUCGCCAAGAUCCCCAGACUUCCGAGCGGCAAGAUUCAACGGCACAAGCUCGGCGAGAUGCCAUUGGAGAGUGAUCUCGACAGAGGUGUGUUGGGCGCAUGGCACCCAUGGGUGUCGAUCAUGAACACCUUUGAGCGCUUUCUGGAUCAAGCACUCAAGACUUCAGCCAGCAGAUGGAUGGCGAAGUUGUUCGACCACGGCUCAAACGUACGAAAGAAGGCCUACAAAGCUACUGCAUAG